AACGCAGUACUCCCAUGCCGUGUGUCAGGCUCACUCCUCAUUCAAGCGGCAGGCGCACCCUGCGGAGGGAUCCCAGAGGACGCGUGUGCCUUGCUGACAGUGCAGGGGGAUUAUUCUGGAAUCUGUUUUGAGAAUGUGGUGCGAUAUGAAUCUCUGAUAAGUACCCCGGCUCAACCCAAGGUCACCCUCACCGCCCAUCCCCAUUCACAGCGACCACCGUUUUAUUCCCCCUAUCAAUCAGUCACAAUGAGCAACUUGAACCUCUCCCUGGACAACCCCUACGGCAGCGUGACCAUCCCUCGCGCCAAGCUGAGCUCCGUCGACGACGGCAGCGUCGUCAUAGCCAAUCCGGCGGCGGUCUAUAAUGCGGCUGGUCCCUCCGCCCUCAACCCCUAUGGAAACUUCCAACCCCAAGGGGAACGAGGACCCCAAGACCCAUCAGGCCAGAUCUCCAUGCCCUACGAGGGCGCGGCCUCCACCUACAAAAUCAAGGAGGCUGAGGAGAAGGAGAGUUGCUGCUACACCUGCUGGUGCUGCUGUUGCCGCCGCCGGAAGAAGAAAUAAAGCAUCGAUUCUGCCUCCUCCUCCAACCGUCGGCCAUCUUGAAGCGGACGGUGGACCCAGAUGCCCACAACCGUGAGCUUCUAACACAGAGGCAGGCCAGAUAGCUACUGGAAGCAGCAGGAUGUCUAUGGAACCUCCCUCCUUUGGACUGCAGAGCAUAUUUCUGCUGAGCCUCUGUUUUGCAUUGCUUUGGAUCUAGCGUGCCUGAAUCACAAACUGAAAAAUUUAUACGUAUAAUGACAAUCAUUCAAGAUUCAAGAUAAUUUGAUAUAUUGUUGACAGUGACAAGUCUGUGCCUGGUCGAGAAAGCAAGAAAUGCCCUUUAGGUGUCUGAUAUGGCAGAGCACAUGACAUUCGUCCCAGUGAGAAGUGGAAUUACAGAGAUGGAUCAGAUCAUUUCCAUACUGCACCCUGAUGACUCAUAAACCCAGAGAUGCAGCUCUGUGGCCACUAUUGUUUUAUCCCGUUCUUGGUGUCAUUGUACCCUAUCUUUGGCACUUCCCCUGUCAGUCAUUUUGAACAGUGCAAUAUCUGUUUUCCACAAAAGACCAUAUCUUAAGCAUGUAGAUGACUCCUGCAAGACUAUUAUUGUGGUUGAUGUAUGGGUGAGGUUUUCUCUAUAGGGAGUGGUCAGUUUAUGUGGGUCUGAGUGACUGACCAACGCCCAGACACCACACCCUACAACGCUGCCCUCUUGACAAAAUAAGAACGGCACAGGCCCGCCCUGACCGUAAAUGGACUGCUGCGAGACUAGAGACUUGUUUGUUAUCUCAUGUGAAAGUCGUUUCACCGUAUUACAAGAGCUGGGUCAACAAUGGUGAGGGUGUGGGGUACUUGAGACGGGAGCUGCUUUGGAAUGUUUUGGGCCCAAGGGAAUUUCUGGGCUUGGAUGCAGAGAGAUGUAAAGAUAUAAAAGCAGGUGAAAUAACUGACUGAUAAUAAGCAAAUUCGGCUCUGUCAUAGCACGCGUAUUUCUUACAUGCAACCAGCAUGUCCAGUCAAAUUAAUACUGUAUGCAGUGUUUCUAUGGCAACCACGUUAAAUCCUGCUUUGACAGGUGAAUCUUUGAUUACUCUAUGGAUCUCGAAUGAAUGGGAGUUCCCUAUUCGAUCACCCAGAACUCCAGGUUCACUACUGGCAUUACGAAACACUUAAGACAGAGCUGGUCUUCUAAACAUGUUAUUAGAAAUUACCAAAAUAAAAUGGGAGUGUUCGAAAUA